GAGGAAUGAGGAAUUUAAUUAGGGAUAUAUUAGCUAUGUUCGGUUUUGUUUCUUGUGUUUUAUGUUUUUUAUUGUAAAAAAUAACAAUUUAAUCUUAUACAAUAAACAGUUUAAGUGUAGACAAAUGUUUCGCCAAAAUUGUUCGUAAAACUGUGCAAUCACAGAUAAAUCGCUCCGAUCAAUCGACGACAUGGCAUGUUUGAGCUUCUCCGGCUUUAAGAUUUACUCAAGAAAAACAGAAAUUGUGUCGGGUAUCGCCACAGCUGUUGCCAUGCUGCUGCUGUGGGUGUUGUUCCUGUACCAGACCCUAGUUGCGGCGAACGCAAAGGGGUAUUACACUGUCGUUGCUCCAAAUGUGAUACGUCCCAACAGUGACUUCCAUGUAGCUGUGACUACGUCAGAUAUAAAUGAGCCUGUGACAUUUGUUGCUGAAAUCAGCGGUCAAAAGUUCUCAGGAGGCACCUUUUAUUUGCAAGAAACUGCAAAUGUUCGACCCUACUCUUCUGAAGUCAUGACAUUUAAGGUGAACAAUGAGUUAUCAGGAGGAAACUAUAACUUGACAAUUAGAAGUGAAGGGGCAUUUUAUUUCAAAAACACGACAACAUUACGUUUUUCGGAAAAAAGCAUAUCCGUCCUAAUUCAGACUGAUAAAGCGAUGUACAAACCAGGUGACAAAGUUAUGUUCCGGGCUUUGUUCUUAAACCGCUACAUGAAACCAAUCCGGGAAGAUGUAAAUCUGUAUCUAAACGACGGGGAUGGUAAUCGAGUGAAACAGUGGAACAAUAUCACAUUGCCUAGAGGAUUGUUUUCUUCAGAAUUUGAACUGUCUUCGGCUCCAGUAUUGGGAGACUGGAGGCUAGUGGCCACUGUCAAUGGACAGAAGUUCAGCAAAUCUUUUGAGGUUGCUGAAUAUGUGUUGCCUAAAUUUGAGGUCUCCAUCGACCUCCCUGAUUAUGUAACAUUCAAAGAUUCAAAAGUUGCAGCGACAAUCAGGGCAAAGUACACUUAUGGAAAGCCUGUCAAAGGAGAAGCAACAAUUGCUGUUUACUCUGAUACAUUUUCUGAUAUUAUUCAGCCAAUAUUCAACCCUCCUGUUAGAAAAACUGUGCCCAUUGAUGGAAAAGCGCUUGCUGAAUUUGAUGUUGUUAAAGAACUCAACCUUCCAGAUGAUUUUGAGAGAGAAAUUAAAUUUGAUGUAAUCAUUAAAGAAGAUCUGACUGGAAGAAAACAAAACAAGUCUGCUCAAAUGACUAUUAGAAAGAAUAAAUAUAAAUUUGAAAUGUUUGACACCUCCACUGUUUUUAAACCAGGACUUGAACAUAAAGUAUUUAUUAAACUUGUACAUCAUGAUGAGACACCAGUAAUUGAUAAUACGAAUCCAAUUAAGAUCAAAUCAUCAUACUCUUACAGUGAUGAAGAUUAUAAUACGACUGAAUACAAAGUUCCAGACAAUGGCGUUCUUGAAUUGACCUUUUUUCCUCCACUCAAUGCUACUGUUAUUCAAAUAGAGGGUUCAUACUUGGAUGUGAAAGAACAUUUUCCAAUAAUGUCAGCUGCAAUUUCACUGAAUAAUAUAUCCGUAAAAGCCUCUGUUUUAACACAAAAUCCUCAGGUCAAUCAGAACAUUGAAGUGGAAGUUACAUCUACAAAUGAAAUGACGUAUGUAAUGUAUCAAGUUAUUGGCAGGGGUGAUAUAAUCCAUGCUAACACUAUCAACUUUCCUCCAAGCAAGUCCACAACAAUUAGAUUUUUAGCUACAUAUGCCAUGGCCCCUGUUGCUCAUGUUGUUGUACAGUUUAUUAGCCCACAAGGAGAGAUGAUUGCUGAUGUGGUAGACAUUGAACUUAAAGAAAUCCUUCAAAAUUUUGUGAAAAUGGAUCUCUCAGCAAAAAGGAUUGAACCAGGAAAUAAAGUUGAUUUAAGGAUAUUAACUAGGCCGAAUUCUCUUGUUGGACUACUUGCAGUCGACCAAAGCGUCCUUUUACUUAAAUCUGGAAACGAUUUAACUGAGAGCCAAGUGAUAGAUGAAUUAAGAAAUUAUGAUCAAUCAAUUCCAUCAUUGUAUGAUGAUGUACAUAUGGCAUUUAAAAGGAAGAGGCGAUUUGCAUUCCGUUCUUAUGAUAGAAGACGCAUUACCACUUUUGACACAUUUGAACAUGCAGGAGUAGUUGUUUUAACAAAUUCAGAAGUUAAUAAUGCUCAGCCUUGGCGCUACAAGGAAAAGCCUUUGAUGGGAGACCGCCCGGCUGUCGCUCCUGGAGCUAGACAUCUCAAACCUGAUAUUGGGCCACCUUUGCCCUACAGACCAGUCACGAGGCCUCCUCUGGCUGGCCCCUAUGCUUUUUCAAGACUCCCAAAACCAAUUUGGAACCGCCCGAGAGUUUUCCUCAAUGGAGAUUAUCCCGCUGACACCUGGCUCUUCAAGGAACUGUCUACAGGGAUCUCUGGCAGGACAUCCAUUACAAAAACAGUUCCAGACACAAUCACUUCAUGGAUUAUUUCUGGCUUCUCUUUGGAUCAAGUUUACGGUCUUGGACUUUCUGAAGCCCCACAAAAGCUAACAGUAUUCAGACCAUUCUUUGUCACUACAAAUCUUCCUUAUUCAAUAAUAAGAGGAGAAAUGAUUUCAAUCCCAGUUGUUGUCUUCAACUACAUGGACAAAGAUAUAACGGCAGAAGUAAUUUUAGAAAACUCAGGACAAUUUGAGUUCUCCGAUUAUUCAAAUGAUGUUAUUGAAAGUCCGAAGCUUGAAUUGUUCAGGAGGAAGCACAUUAACGUAGGUAGACAAUCGGGUGCAUCAACAUCAUUUCUAAUUACUCCAAAAGAGGUCGGUUAUAUUGAUUUGAAAAUAACAGCUAAAAGCCCUCUUGCAGGAGAUGCCAUCUUGAAGAAACUUUUGGUCAAGCCUGAGGGAGAAACCCUGUACAAAAACAAAGCUGUUCUGUUGGACUUCAAAACAAACAAGAAUAUUAUGAAAAGCUUCAAAUUGGAUAUUCCUGUCAAUGUUGUACCAGAUUCUGAAUAUAUUGAAGUGGCUGCUGUUGGUGAUAUUUUUGGUCCAAGUAUGUCAAACCUUGAGAGUUUGAUUAAAAUGCCAUUUGGCUGCGGUGAGCAGAAUAUGCUCAAUUUUGUUCCAAACAUUGUCGUCCUUGAAUAUCUCAAAAAUACAAACCAAUUGUCAAAAGCCAUUGAAAAUAAAUGUCUUAAAUAUAUGGAAAAAGGUUACCAGCGUGAGUUGACUUACAAGCAUCCUGAUGGAUCAUUCAGUGCUUUUGGAAAAUCAGACAGAAGUGGAAGUACUUGGCUGACGGCGUUUGUAGCAAAAUCAUUUAUUCAAGCAAGACACUACAUUGACAUUGAUAAUCAGGUCAUUAACGACGCUUUGAUUUGGCUGGCUAACCAACAAGCUGCCAAUGGCAGCUUCCCCGAAGUCGGUGUUGUGAACCACAAAGACAUGCAGGGAGGAGCUAGCAAUGGUGUCGCACUGACUGCCUACGUUUUAACAGCAUUCAUCGAAGCUCAGUCUUUCAAUGGUCAAAAUAGGAAUACAAUUAACAAAGCUAUUUCAUAUCUGCAUGAAAAUAUGAAUGGAAAUGAUGAUUAUGCCAAUGCCGUAUUAGCGUAUAGUUUUAUGAAAGCUUCGCAUCCUUCUGCAAAUACUUUGUUGAAUUUCCUCAAUAAGAACGCCAAGACACAAGAUGACAAGAAAUGGUGGCAGAGAACAAGCAUAGAAACCAAAAAUCCUAAUGAGCAAAAUACCAAUGCUAUUGAUGUUGAAAUGACAUCAUAUGCUAUGCUCGCAUACUUAGAAGGUGAUUUGAUCGCAGAUGCCAUUUCUAUUAUGAAAUGGCUCAUUACACAACAAAACGAUGGGGGUGGAUUUGCUUCUACACAAGAUACAAUUUUAGCUUUGACUGCCUUGGGUAAGCUGGCUUCAAAAAUACAUUCCGAUAGUAAUGAUGCAGUGGUUAAAUUUACGUACAAAGAAGGAAUGUCUUCAGAUAUCACAGUGAAUAAAGGAAACAAUAUGAUUGUUCAAAAAGUAGUGCUACCAAAGAAGACCCGGGAAGUAAAUAUUACUGCUGAAGGUUCGGGUUUUAUAAUUGCUCAAGUUUCAUAUAGAUAUAAUGUUAAUGUUACUGGCGCAUGGCCGUUAUUCACAUUAGAUCCACAAGUGGAUAAAAACUCUGAUAAUAACCACCUACAACUUUCUAUUUGCUCUGGAUUUACUGGAGGCAAUGAGAGCAAUAUGGCAGUUAUGGAAGUCUCUCUUCCUUCUGGGUACACUGUCGAUUCAGAUUCCCUUCCGAGCCUUGAAAUAUCUCAACAUGUUAAAAGAGUUGAGACUAAAGAUGGAGAUACAGUCGUAGUCCUUUAUUUUGAUAAGAUGGUUGCCAAAGAAUACUGUCCGACAGUCUCUGCGUUCAGAACACAUAGAGUUGCAAGACAAAGGCCAGUUCCUGUUACUAUUUACGAUUACUAUGACCAAUCGAGAAAAGCGAGAGUGUUUUACGAGGCGAUUACCAGCAGUCCUUGUGAUAUUUGUGAAGGUGAUGAUUGCCGAGUCUGUUCAGGAUCCAACGCUGGUUCACGCUCAGAUGAGAAGAGUGUAUCGAGCUCCUUCACACCUAGUCUUUAUCUUCUAACAAUCUCAAUCAUUUCCACUUAUCUCCUUUUGAGAUGAAGCAUUUGAAUUCAUUGAAUGAAGUUGGGUUGAAUCAGUUUAAAUGUAUUCCAAUGUAAAUAUAUUUUACUAAGAAUUAAUGAUCAAUAUGUAAUUUUUUUGUGUUUUAGUUUGUUAACUUUAAAAUAAGUUAACGGUUCAAAUAAGUAACCCUUUGAUUUAAUAAUAUUUUUUAUGUAUAAUAUUUUAUAAAAACUAUUUUGAUAAACAACAAUCAAACAUUUGAAUAUAAAUUGUUUAUGUUGUGAUAAAAUUUGACUGAAAUGGGGAAAAAAUAGUUAUAGUGACAAUAGUUCAUUGAAAA